GCCGCGGCCGUGCCCCGCGUCGCGCUCCCCCGGGAUGGCCCGCGCGCCUCGGCGCUGCCUCUCGGAGCACACGGCGGAGCGGCGGCGGCCGCGCUCGGGGGGCGCGCGGCUGCGGCGGCGGCGGCGCCGCGCGUGAGGGGCCGCCUCGGGCCGAGCGGGCGCCGCCAACAUGUCGGAUACGAAGGUAAAAGUUGCCGUCCGGGUCCGGCCCCUGAACCGACGAGAACUGGAACUGAACACCAAGUGCGUGGUGGAGAUGGAAGGGAAUCAAACGGUCCUGCACCCUCCUCCUUCUAACACCAAACAGGGAGAAAGGAAACCUCCCAAGGUAUUUGCGUUUGAUUAUUGCUUUUGGUCCAUGGAUGAAUCUAACACCACAAAAUAUGCUGGUCAAGAAGUGGUUUUUAAGUGCCUUGGGGAAGGAAUUCUUGAGAAAGCUUUUCAGGGAUAUAAUGCUUGCAUUUUUGCAUAUGGACAGACAGGCUCAGGAAAAUCCUUCUCCAUGAUGGGCAGCGCCGAGCAGCGGGGCCUCAUUCCAAGGCUCUGCUGUGCUUUAUUUCAAAGGAUCUCUCUGGAGCAGAAUGAGUCACAGACCUUUAAAGUCGAAGUAUCCUAUAUGGAAAUUUACAAUGAGAAAGUUCGAGAUCUUUUAGACCCCAAAGGAAGUAGACAGUCUCUUAAAGUUCGGGAGCAUAAAGUUUUAGGACCCUAUGUAGAUGGUUUAUCCCAACUGGCCGUCACUAGUUUUGAGGAUAUUGAGUCAUUGAUGUCUGAGGGGAAUAAGUCUCGGACGGUAGCUGCAACCAACAUGAAUGAAGAAAGUAGCCGCUCCCAUGCUGUGUUCAACAUUAUCAUCACUCAGACGCUGUAUGACCUGCAGUCUGGGAACUCGGGAGAGAAGGUCAGUAAGGUCAGCUUGGUGGACCUGGCGGGUAGCGAAAGAGUGUCCAAAACUGGAGCCGCUGGAGAGCGACUGAAAGAAGGCAGCAACAUUAACAAAUCACUGACAACCUUGGGGUUGGUUAUCUCAUCGCUGGCUGACCAGGCGGCUGGCAAGGGUAAAAACAAAUUUGUGCCUUAUCGUGAUUCGGUCCUCACUUGGCUUCUUAAGGACAAUUUGGGGGGCAACAGCCAGACCUCUAUGAUCGCCACCAUCAGCCCAGCAGCAGACAAUUACGAAGAGACCCUCUCCACCCUGAGAUACGCAGAUCGAGCCAAAAGGAUCGUCAACCAUGCCGUGGUGAACGAGGAUCCCAACGCAAAAGUCAUCCGGGAGCUGCGGGAGGAAGUGGAGAAACUGAGAGAGCAGCUGUCCCAGGCUGAGGCUAUGAAGGCCCCUGAACUGAAAGAGAAGCUCGAAGAGUCUGAAAAGCUGAUAAAAGAAUUAACAGUGACUUGGGAAGAGAAGCUGAGGAAAACAGAAGAAAUUGCACAGGAGAGGCAGCGGCAACUUGAAAGUAUGGGGAUUUCCCUGGAGACUUCUGGUAUCAAAGUGGGAGAUGACAAGUGCUACUUAGUCAACCUGAACGCAGACCCUGCUCUCAACGAACUUCUGGUGUAUUAUUUAAAGGACCAUACCAGGGUAGGUGCAGAUACUUCUCAGGACAUCCAGCUCUUUGGGAUAGGAAUUCAGCCCGAACACUGUGAGAUUGAUAUUGCAUCCGAUGGAGAGGUCACCCUCACCCCAAAAGAAAAUGCAAGGUCCUGUGUCAACGGCACCCUGGUCUGCAGCACCACCCAGCUGUGGCACGGGGAUCGAAUCCUGUGGGGGAAUAACCACUUCUUCAGAAUUAACUUACCGAAGAGGAAACGGCGAGAUUGGUUGAAAGACUUCGAAAAAGAAACCGGCCCACCAGAGCAUGACGUGGAUGCAGCCAGUGAAGCUUCCUCAGAACCAGACUAUAACUAUGAAUUUGCACAGAUGGAAGUUAUCAUGAAAACGCUGAAUAGUAAUGGUGGCUUCCCGAUCAUAAGCCUGUCGGCCUGGUGGUCAUCCCCUUGGUGGUCCUAUUUGAAGAUUCUCUUCCCUCUCCUGUGGUUUCAGACGAAGCUCCUCCACAAACACUGGGAUAAAGACCCAGUUCAGAAUGUGGUUCAGGUCCUGGAGAAACAGUACCUUGAAGAGAAGAGGAGUGCCCUGGAGGAGCAGCGGCUCAUGUACGAGCGAGAGCUGGAGCAGCUCCGCCAGCAGCUGUCCCCGGAGAGGCAGCCCCAGAGCAGCGGCCCCGAACGCCUGGCCUUCAGCAGCCAGACGGCUCAGCAGAAGGUGACGCAGUGGGCGGAGGAGAGGGAUGAACUCUUCCGCCAAAGCCUGACAAAACUGCGGGAGCAGCUGGUCAAAGCUAAUACCUUGGUUAGGGAGGCCAACUUCUUAGCUGAGGAAAUGAACAAGCUCACUGACUACCAGGUGACGCUGCAGAUCCCUGCUGCAAACCUCAGUGCCAACAGAAAGAGAGGGGCCAUAGUGAGCGAGCCGGCUAUUCAAGUGAGGAGGAAAGGAAAGAGCACCCAAGUGUGGACCAUUGAGAAGUUGGAGAAUAAAUUAAUAGACAUGAGAGACCUUUAUCAAGAAUGGAAGGAAAACGUUCCUGAGGCAAAACGACUCUAUGGGAAACGAGGCGACCCUUUCUAUGAAGCCCAAGAGAAUCACAACCUCAUUGGCGUGGCGAAUGUGUUCCUGGAGUGUCUCUUCUGUGAUGUGAAACUUCAGUAUGCAGUCCCUAUCAUCAGCCAGCAGGGGGAGGUUGCAGGGCGUCUUCACGUGGAGGUGAUGCGAGUGACCGGUGCUGUCCCUGAGCGCGUGGUGGAAGACGACUCCUCGGAGAACUCCAGCGAGAGUGGGAGUCUUGAGGUCGUGGACAGCAGCGGGGAGGUUAUCCACCGAGUCAAAAAACUGACGUGCCGGGUGAAAAUUAAAGAGGCAACCGGGCUGCCCUUAAGCCUCUCAAACUUCGUCUUCUGUCAGUACACCUUCUGGGACCAGUGUGAAUCCACCGUGGCUGCCCCGGUCGUGGACCCAGAGGUGCCUUCCCCGCAGUCCAAGGAUGCCCAGUACACCGUGACCUUCUCUCACUGUAAGGACUAUGUGGUGAACGUAACAGAGGAAUUCCUGGAGUUCAUAUCAGAGGGAGCCCUGGCAAUCGAGGUGUGGGGCCACCGCUGUACCGGGAAUGGCAGCUCCAUCUGGGAAGUUGACUCCCUUCACGCUAAGACAAGAACGCUGCAUGACAGGUGGAACGAAGUUACUCGCAGAAUCGAGAUGUGGAUCUCCAUAUUAGAGCUGAACGAGCUGGGGGAGUACGCGGCCGUGGAGCUGCACCAGGCGAAAGAUGUCAACACAGGAGGCGUCUUUCAACUCAGACAGGGUCAUUCCCGGAGAGUGCAAGUCACAGUGAAACCUGUCCAGCAUUCCGGGACACUGCCCCUUAUGGUCGAAGCCAUCCUGUCCAUCUCCAUCGGCUGUGUGACUGCCAGGUCCACCAAGCUCCAGAGAGGGCUGGACAGUUACCAGAGAGAUGAUGAGGAUGGUGAUGAUAUGGAUAGUUACCAGGAAGAAGAUUUAAACUGCGUGAGAGAAAGGUGGUCUGAUGCCCUCAUUAAACGGAGAGAAUACUUAGAUGAACAGAUUAAAAAAGUCAGCAAUAAAAAAGAGAAGACGGAGGAUGACGUGGAGCGGGAGGCGCGGCUGGUGGAGCAGUGGGUGGGGCUGACGGAGGAGAGGAAUGCAGUGCUGGUACCAGCGCCAGGCAGCGGGAUCCCUGGGGCACCUGCUGACUGGAUCCCACCACCUGGCAUGGAAACCCACAUCCCAGUUCUCUUCCUUGAUUUGAAUGCGGACGACCUCAGUGCCAAUGAGCAGCUGGUGGGCCCCCAUGCAUCGGGCGUGAACUCCAUCCUCCCCAAGGAACAUGGCAGCCAGUUUUUCUACCUGCCCAUCAUAAAGCACAGCGAUGAGGAGGUUUCAGCCACAGCCUCUUGGGACUCCUCGGUGCAUGAUUCGGUUCACUUGAAUAGGGUCACCCCACAGAACGAAAGGAUCUACCUGAUAGUGAAGACCACGGUCCAGCUCAGCCACCCGGCUGCUAUGGAGCUGGUGUUGCGGAAACGGAUUGCAGCCAAUAUUUACAACAAACAGAGUUUCACCCAGAGUCUGAAGAGAAGAAUAUCCUUGAAGAAUAUAUUUUAUUCCUGUGGCGUAACCUAUGAAAUAGUAUCCAACAUACCAAAGGCAACAGAGGAGAUUGAGGACCGGGAAACGCUGGCUCUCAUGGCAGCGAGGAGUGAAAACGAGGGCACGUCAGAUGGGGAGACGUACAUUGAGAAGUACACGCGAGGCGUGCUGCAGGUGGAGAACAUUCUGAGCCUGGAGCGGCUCCGGCAGGCAGUCACGGUCAAAGAAGCCCUUUCCACCAAAGCCCGGCAGCUGCGGAGGAGCCUCAGCACGCCAAACGUCCACAAUGUCUCCUCCAGCCGACCAGACCUUUCUGGCUUUGAUGAUGAUGAUAAGGGUUGGCCAGAGAGCCAGUUAGACAUGUCUGACUACAGCCCCAGUUACCAGGACGUAUCGUGUUAUGGAACUUUGCCCAGGGAUUCACCUAGAAGGAGUAAAGAAGGUUGUACAUCAGAGAAUCCUCAUGCCUUAACAGUCAGCCCUUUUAAAGCAUUCUCUCCUCAGCCACCAAAGUUUUUCAAGCCCCUAAUGCCGGUAAAAGAGGAGCAUAAGAAAAGGAUGUCCCUGGAAGCAAAGCCUCUUCUAAGCCAGGAGAGCAUGCCUCCACCUCAGGCACAUAACCCUGGCUGCAUUGUACCCUCAGGAAGCAAUGGCAGCAGCAUGCCAGUAGAACACAAUAGCAAACGUGAGAAGAAGAUUAUUCUGAAGUUAAUCUACCUAGAGGAAUUGCACUUACUGGGAGACUCUGAGGAGGAGGAAAACGAUCUGGAGGCUCUCAACAGGAAGCUGCUGAGUUCGCAGCCUUAUGUCCCCGUGGAGUUUGCCGACUUCAGUGUUUACAAUGCCAGCUUGGAGAGCAGGGAGUGGUUUUCUUCUAAAGUCGAUUUGACGAACUCAAAGGUCCUGGAGAAGGAUGUGUCCCGCAGCCCCACCACCAGCAGCAUCACCAGCGGCUACUUUUCCCACAGUGCCUCCAACGCCACCCUGUCUGACAUGGUGGUCCCUUCGAGCGACAGCUCAGAUCAGCUGGCCCUUCCGGCAAAGGACGCAGACGCCAGCGAGCAUCCCGGACCAUCAUUUGUGCAUGAUUUCCGGCCAUCCUCAAACAAAGAGUUGACAGAACUAGACAGAGGCUUGGUGAAGGAUAAGAUGACGAUGGUGCCACUCAAGGAAAACAGUGCCUUAGCCAAAGGGAGCCCAUCAUCCCAAAGCACCCCCGAGAAAAACUCCACAGCUCUCUGUAGGACCGGCUCGUGUUCAGGACAAGAGGCCUGCUCCGGUAGAAAGGGCCCGCCGGCCCGAGGAUUCUGCCCCAGGGAGGUGACCGUGGAACACACCACGGACAUCCUUGAGGACCAUUCUUUCACAGAGUUUAUGGGCGUGUCCGAUGGGAAGGAUUUGGAUGGUUUGACAGCUCCUUCUGCGGGAGAACUUUCGAGCAGUCGGACCCUACCCAGUCCAACAGACAGUAAGAGGGCCCCAUUUGGGCCCCAGGACCCUGGCCAGCCGCCUUCCUCGGCAGGGAAUGACCAGGGGCGCACGGCCACUCGGUAAGAGCAGCGAGCACUUCCUGCGAAGGCCACGGCAUCUCUGCUCCAGUCGCCUCCCGAGAACACCAGCCCAUCUCUACAACAGGCUGCGGCCCAGCCGGACCCCCAGACCAGCACCGAGAAGCCACGCUGUCCCAGGGCCCCCUCCUCUUCCUCCUGAGCAGGGAGAAGCGGCACUUUGUCACUUGGGUGAAUCGGCAGCCUCUGCUUUUUUCCAGAGAACCGAAAAUCCUGGCUUAAUGAAGUGGCAGUAUUUUUGUUUGCACUCACUACACACACACACACACACACACACACCCCCCCACACCCUGCCCCAUGUAGAAACCUCCACAGAUUCAAACAAACUUUAUUCUUGUACAAUUUUAAUCAGUUCUUACUGUAGAAUCUGGAGUCAAUGCUCUAAUUUUUUUUUAUAAGUAAUAUAUAUUAUGUAUAUGAAAUGUGUAUCUAUAGUAUGUCUGGAGACAGACGAGACUGCACACUGAAAUGCGGAUGAAAGUGGUUUGUAGAAAAUCGUAAGGUACUGGACAUUGUUACAAAGCAGCCUGGGCGAUCGCUCAGAAAACGAGCAGAUGAAAAAGAUUGUACUGCCUAAGGAGGAGGUUGCAAACCCCUCUUUGUGGAAAAGGUUACAGAAUGCCGUUCUUUAUAACCAAAGAACUUACACAAGACUGAACGUUUUUGCUGUCCACCCUUGUUUUAUGUGUACCUAUGUGUUUGACUGCAAGUUCGGUGCCAUAUGCCUCUUGGCUACCAGGCCACGUGCUGCCGUUCUCUGUCCUCUGUUUCACAAGCACACUGAAGUCUCAGCUCCCUUCUUUGGUCUUCCACCUGGUUCGCCACCUGCUGACUCGAUGUGUAUUAUAGCUGUUGACAAUGACUGGGGCCUGACCCCAGCAUCUCUUGUCCCUUGGUCCAGCCCAGCCAGGCAGGCAGAAUGCAGAGAGCAGUAUUACUGUAAGAAAACACAACGACAUAACCAAGCGUUGGGUCGGGCGGGGGGCCGGGAGGGUGUUGAUUUUUGUCUCUUUGUGGUUCUGUUUGGGAUUGGUAGGUUUUGUGGUGGUGUGGUUUUGCCCUUGUUAUUUUACUUCAAUUCUGGAAAAUACUGAAGAGGUGGAAUGAGCUGCAAAGUUCAUGGGCACCCACUUGACCGUGUUCACAAGAAAUGAUGGAACACAGAUGACACUGCUGUCAGUGUUGUCACUUGUAAAAAUCUUUAACUGAUGGAGACUUGGAGGGACUGUGUAUGCAGAAGUUGUUGCAAAAGUACUUUAUGUACCUAUUGUGUAGAUGCCUGUACAGCUGGUCCACUUGUACAGCAAUUCAUGUGUUGUGGGAGCCAGAAAGAGUGUGUACAGUUGGCUGUACCUUUUUCUUUCAGUUCUUAGCAUCAGUAAAUGAGUAAGAUAUUGGAGAUUUUAAUGAAAAGCUGCUGUUCAUGAUUUUUGUGUAUAGUGAGCUGACUGUAGUAUUUUACUAUUGUCUGUUUAAAAAAAGAAAAACUGUAAUUUAUAUCCCCUUUCAA